AUGCCUCUCUUCAAAUCCAAGUCCACUCGCCGCGCCUCUGCCUCCCCUACUAGGAGAGACAAUCAUACUCCCAUAGCACCGAACGAUUCCCACAGCAAUGGCGGUUUCUUCAGCCGCCGUCGCUCUGUUGACUCGAACUCCAGGUCCUCCUCGGAAACCAGUCGCGCUGGUACCAUGGCCAGUGGCGCUGGAAGCACGAGGAGUGGUGGUGGUUUCUUCGGGCUCGGAGGACGCAAUCGCAUCGACAACGAUCCCUCCAUCAUGUCAGCGCGCCAAAAAGUAUCAGAAGCAGAGAUCGCAGAGCGUGAAGCCGACCAGGCUCUGCUCAUGGCACGAGAACGUGUCCGCGAGGCGCGUGAACAUGUCAAGCUUCUCGAACGCGAGGCUAUUGACGAUGCUCGUCGAGCCAAAGCCAAGCAGGCAGAGGCCAAAGUUAUCCACAAGUCCGUCAAGGGUCUAGGCAGACAUGGCUAA